UUAAGACUGGCGUGGUUCGCAUGCUUCAAAGGGUUUCAGCUCCCAGGCACUAGCAAUACAGACUCUUAUCUUCCGCAACAGCGAACUUUUGCUUCUACUUGAAUUUGAUGACUUUCAAGGCGUCCAGUGUCACUUUGCCUGAUCUUUACGAGGCCUCAAUUGUAGAACUUCAAGAUGGUCUGGUCAAAGGACACUUCACUAGUGUUCAACUUGUCAAGGCUUACUUUGGCAGGAUCGAAGAAGUCAACUUGAAGGGUCCUGCAUUACAUGCAGUCAUCGAGACCAAUCCAAUAGCCUUAUCACAAGCUGCAGCCCUCGACAGUGAACGGAAAGACAAAGGCGGCCGCGGGCCAUUACACGGAAUACCAUUAUUGUUGAAAGAUAACAUUGCUACGCUGCACGAAGAAGGAAUGAACACGACCGCAGGCUCCUGCGCACUACUGGGUUCUGUCGUUCCUCGAGACGCGUUUGCUGCUGCAAAAUUACGUGAAGCUGGGGCUAUAUUCGUAGGAAAAGCGAACCUCUCCGAGUGGUCUGGUAUGAGGGGCGAGUGGGGUCAUUUAAAGGGACAGGUUCCCAAUGGCUUGUCGGAACGUGGGGGACAAACUCUUUCCCCCUACUACCCGAAUGCACAUCCAUCUUCUUCGAGCUCCGGAAGUGGCGUUGCAAUGGCUGUUGGUCUAGCAGCCGGGUCCCUUGGCUCUAUCGUCUAUCCAAGUAGCAGGAAUAAUGUUGUGGGCAUCAAGCCCACUAUCGGGCUGGUAUCUCGCUCAGGCGUAAUACCAAUCUCAUCUCAUCAAGAUACUGUUGGCCCGAUGUGUCGCUCUGUCACUGACGCUGCCCUAUUGUUGAAUUUCAUCGCUGGGCCUGAUCCUCGAGAUGAAGUUACUUUACACCAGCCAGGGAUAGUCCCAGACUAUAUGAAAGCACUCGACAAAAAUGCCCUUAAAGGCGCUCGUCUUGGAGUGCCUCGUUCCUUCAUCCGCAAUAUCAAGAUAAUUGAAGAGGCGUUUAACUCAUCUCUUGACGUCUUCCGAGCUUUGGGCGCGGAAAUCGUCGACCCUGCAGACUUCCCGGAUACAAAAGAGCUACUGACAUCGAAGGCAGAGAAGCGGGUACUGGACGUAGACUUCAGAGUUGAUCUUAACAAGUACCUAUCAGAACUUGUCGACGUUCCGACAGGCGUCAAGACUCUCGCUGCUCUGAUAGAGUACAACAAGAAACGCGCAGACCUAGGUCUUCCACCACCAUUCUAUAAAGAUCAAUCGCAAUUUAUCCAAUCGGAAGCUGCACAAGUUGAUGAUGCCUACUUUUCAGCACUAGCCGAAGAUUUCGACUUGGGACGCACGAGAGGAAUUGACGCCACUCUGGCCCAGUUUAAUCUCGAUGCUAUACUUCUACCGACCGAUGGACAUGCACCGGGACCUGCAGCAAUUGCAGGGUAUCCGUUGAUUUCAGUGCCCCUCGGAUUUCAGCCAGAUGACGUUGAAUUACUGCCUACGAUGGCAUCCUCAGUUUAUACGCAAGCCCCAGGACUUCCGUUUGGAAUUGUCUUUAUGGGAACCGCGUAUAGCGAGUUUAAGCUCAUCGGCUAUGCGUAUGCGUUUGAGCAGGCUACCCACGUGAGACUUCAGAGAAGGGCCUAUGACGACGCGAUUCCUAGAACCCAAUUAACGGACGUUAUGUCCCAGCUGUGAACGUGGCUUUAAUAUCGCACACUUCCAUAUGCAUCAAAUAAGCGAGCUACCUUGGAUGGAUGGAUUCUGGACAUCGAUGCACAAUCCAUGUUUUACUAGAAAUAUUAGUUUCACUGUC